AUGGGCCAACACCGACAGCCCCGUCUCCCUUUUACUGCAAACAUUGUUGCAAAAAUGUGUUCAGCUCUAAGCAAAGGAAUAUUCACACCUUUUACAGAUGUUUUGCUUCAAGCGGUAGUCUCAGUGGCAUUUAUUGGUUUUUUGAGGUGUGGUGAGUUCACCACAGAGAACGCACAAUUUGACAAAAAUGUCAAUUUAUGUCUUGAGGAUGUAAGCUUUUGUAGUUCGGAUAAAGUUCUUCUGAAGUUAAAAACAUCAAAAACAGAUCCGUUACGGAAAGGGACAGUCCUCACACUUUUUAAGAAUAACCGUUUUUGUCCUGUUACUGCAUUGCAGCAGUAUAUUGCUGCCCGUAAGCGUAGCAAUUACCAUAACGGACCAAGUGACCCUCUGUUUAUUUCAGAAGAUGGUCUACCUUUAACACGCGCAUGCUUUCUGCAUUUACUACGCUCCUUACUAAACACAAUAGGGGUAGACGCCUCUAAGUACUCGGGUCGCUCUUUCCGCAUUGGUGCAGCCUCGUCAGCAGCACAUGCGGGAAUUCAGGACCAUAUGAUUAAAACUCUAGGUCGCUGGACCUCAGAUACCUACAACAGGUAUAUCAGAGUAGCAGAUGACUCCAUCUACGGAGCACAAUCCGCCUUAGCUUAUAGCAUGUAA